GCGGAGGGAAGAAGGAUCCCCAUAGACAAGGCUGUUGAAAAUCCCACAUCUACAGAAAUCCAAGAUGUAUGUGCAGCAGUAGGAUUCAACGUGCUAUUAGAGAAGAAUAAGAUGUAUCCUAGAGAGUGGAACAGAGACGUGCAGUACAGAGGGAGAGUUCGAAUCCAGCUCAAACAAGAUGAUGGCAACCCGUGUUUACCUCAGUUUCCAACACGUAAAUCAGUGAUGCUGUAUGCUGCAGAAACCAUUCCCAAACUGAAAACAAGGACCCAAAAGAUGGGAGGUAGCGACCAAAGUCUUCAGCAAGGAGAAGGAGGCAAGAAAGGUAAAGGGAAGAAAAAGAAGUGA